UUUCGCUAGCCUUCAAAAUUGCUUCCACCGUGAAGUUGGUUGUAAGCUUAAAAUACAUAAAACAAUACUUACAGCUGCCGCAUACUUUGAUAUUGUGUUUUGUUUCCAGCUUUCAAAUGGCAAUGAGCAACACAGGCGGCUGUUAUCGCAGCUCAGCCGUCUCGCGCGCGCCUUUCUAGCAAGAGCCAUGCAAGAGCAGCUACGUACGAUUUCUUUGACGUGCCUAUCAGUGAACAUGAAUGUCGCGUGCGUAGCGUAGGGGAUAGCCUACCACGAAAACGCCUAGAAAUGACCGAAGCAAGUCAAGGAAUGAGAAUUCGCUUGGAGCACUUCGUCGUCGCUGCCGGCGUGGCUCUCACCGCUGUUCGACUCGGCAUGGUCGCACAGUGUUUGACUGUAGUGGCUGUUCUGAUUAUCCUGCUCCUACUACUACGCUGGCAGCAGUCACAAACUCCAGACUUCAACCAGAGGCCGCAUGCCGACAGUGGACUGUGGCUGAGCCUUCUCCUGCCUUUUGCGUUGCUUACCGCCGGCAACAGCUACGAGCACGGAGAUGUUUACACUUUCGCCGAAGUGGUAUGUAGUCAGGCGCUUGUACUGUCUCUCGCCGUCGUCUUUAGGAUCGCGAACAUUUUCAUUUAUGGCAUUUCGUCUGUAUGGACUGCGACACUGCUUGUUGCUGCGACUGGAGUCUCCUUAAUUUGGAGUACCACUGCUGCUGUGACAACUGCAGGAACCUUCAGUUACCUGGUGACUUCCCUACCAGCUUACUCGCCUAAAUCAUUUACUCAAGGCGAGCUACUGCUCGUUUGCCAAAGUAUCACCACCUUCGUCGUUGUCGCGGGAUGUAGCGUGGCAUGCAAAAUUGUGUACAGGGACAACUGCGACCUCAAGUGUUCCGCAUCAGCCGGAUUUCUGCAAGCGGGACUCUUCAGUCUAGCCGUGUUUGUGAUGGCUGUGACCAAAAUUCAAGCACUGCGAAGAGCGACGUGGUUUUACGCGAGUCUUUGUGCCGCGGCAAUUUUGCUCGUAUAUCCCCUGUGCUGCGUCAUGGUGAAUGCAGAGCCAGUGAGCUGGCUCGCAUACCACUGCUUCAGCAAUUACACGAGACUCUGUCUUAUGGUCUCGUGGGCCGUCCUGUUAGUAAUAGCCGGACUGUUUGUGUACUGGUACACCUCGAACUACAGCGAAAGUUCCACUGUGGUGCGCAAGGCUUUCCACGCGGCGGUUGUGUCGGUGUUUUUGCCCGGAGUAAUACUAGAUCCUGACCUCAUGUACCUCGCGUGUGGGGCCGCUCUAGGGGUGUUCGCGCUCUUGGAGGUCUUUCGGACGUUGUCGAUUCCGCCAGUAGGGCCGCGCAUACAGAACGCCUUUGCGAUGUUCGUAGACGAAAAGGACGCAGGCACGCUCAUUCUGACACCUGCCUAUCUAUUCGCUGGUUGUGCCGCACCCCUGCUGCUCUUUCCGGGACCGAUGGGAGACCCAGGCAAAAUGCCAAUUUUACUUAGCGGCACGGUCGCACUCGGCAUAGGGGAUACCGCAGCAUCAGUUGUUGGGUCAAAGCUCGGUAAGCACCAGUGGCCUGGCACAUCAAAGACUGCAGAAGGGACACUUGCCGCCAUUGUCACACAGUUUGUAUUCUACUUCCCUCUGUUACUUGUGGCUGUGCCGACUGUGUGGCAUUUAAACACACUGCUGUUAGUUGUGGUUCUCUGCCUUGACUCAUACCUCGAAGCAUUCACAACUCAAGUGGACAAUUUAGCGCUCCCAAUCUUUGUGUAUCCUAUGAUGACAGCCUUGUAUGCAUUGCAAUGAAAAUGUUUCAAUAGUAAAGCUAUCAAUCACGAGAAUAAAUGCUAGGCAAUGUGCAAUAAAAUGAUUUGGACUAG